UGCUGUUUAAUCUCACGCGCGCGUGCUUUGAAUGUUCGCGGUAGCAGUAAAUUAUUGAGAUGGGAAGUUGUGACGAGGUUAGACGGAUAUUACGUUACUGGGAGCCAUCAUUCCCUGAUUGCGAUGAAAACGCUCCUGCAGAGGUUUUUGAUAGACAUCCCCUAUCUGCAAUGAUGAUUAGUGCUGACAGUGAAUGUGGAAGGAAAGAUAAUCUUGUACUAAUUUUAAACUCUUGGAAGUCUGAAUGGUAUCGGGAAGGAGUUCAAGUUCCUGUAAAGGAUGCUAGCAGUCAACCUCGACCUGUCUAUAAGUGAGUUUGUGAACGAAACUGUUACUUUAGGAAACUUGACAUUACAUGCCCAAAGCGCCGUUGUCCUCGAUUUAUUAUGUAAGUUACAUCUUUAUUUUUACCUCUGAAGGCCUGAGAAACUUCGAGUUGAAUCUACCGGUGGUAACUUUAACGAAACCACUCAUAUGUUGGUUAAAAAGAAAAAAAUUGCUCCAUAUUACAACAUCGAUGAUUUAGAUUACUCGUGGAUUGCAACUGUAAACGAAGAAAGAGAAUGCUUGGGACAAGUACUUGUUGAGGACUGGAUGCUUGAGAAGGUCAUCAGUACACUAGAGUAUCUUACUUAUGUUAAGAUGCGUGAGAAAAUUAAGGAGAUAGACAUGCAGUCUUUAGAAUUCGAUGAAAAUGCUAGAUGUGACAUAUGUUUAUCGUUUGAAGGUGAAGAUGGAAACGAAUUGGUCUUUUGUGAUGGUUGCUUCCUGUGUGUUCACCAGGCGUGUUAUGGCAUUCUCCAAAUCCCUGAAGGAUCAUGGAUGUGUCGACAGUGUGAGGCGGGUGUCAAGUCAACCACUCCCUGCUGCUUAUGUCCGAAUACUGGUGGAGCUAUGAAACUUUCAGAUGACGGACAACGUUGGUGUCAUGUUAGCUGUGCCCUGUGGGUUCCGGAAGUUGGGUUUGGGGACGUCGAAAUGAUGGAACCCAUUAUUAAAUUAGACAAUAUACCACAAGCCAGACGAAACCUUCUCUGUUCAAUAUGUCGUUCACGCUAUGGUGCUCCUGUACAGUGUUCUAGUGUUAAAUGUAAGACAGCAUUCCAUGUCACAUGCGCGUUCCAAAGCAACCUCGUCAUGCGCCAAGAGCUCGUCGACAAGGAUGUGCGCUUAAUAGGGUUGUGUUGGAAGCAUUCCCGAAAAGAGCAACAGUCAACAACUCAUCAUUCUUCUGCUGGCUGUGAGUCAAAUUCUUUUCGUGCUCCGAAUUCCCCUAUCAAGGUGCAUGAUGCAAAUCAAAACUUUGGGAGUGGAACGCAACCUGUAGCCUUAACGCGUAAACAAAGACUCCUUGAACUGGAGUGUAAUUUUUAUAAUUUGGUGCAAGAGUCCCACUUGAAUAUCUGGCUAGAUAAUGACUCCAUGAAAAUUCACUUAGGAAAUUCGGCUUUUCAAAAUGAAAGUGAAAACAGAAACAUUCCUAAUGACAUUCGUGCAGCCAUCUUCGUUUACUGGCGUUUGAAAAGGCGCUCAAACUUUAACCAACCGCUAAUCAAUCCAGUUCCAUUAACUUGGAAAGAAAGUGCUGAUCAAGUAGCUGCCACGACCAACGAAGAACUAGCUCGAGUAGAACGUGCUAAUUCUGAUAUGAAAGCAUUUGAGUCAUUUAAACGUAUUAGAUUCGGUCUUGACAGGGCUAGAUUAAUGGCAGAUAUGGUCUUGCAAAGAGAACGACGAAAAUUAGCUUUGUUUAAGAGAAUGUGGCGUAUAUCUGAAAUCCAAUUGACUGCUCUUGAAAAACAAAACAGUCUAGUAUCUAGUGAAUUACUCCGGACUGCUCAUAUCGGUGAAUCUAUUUAUGAUAAUUGGGAAUUGUUUUUAGCUCAUAGUAAUCCUCCGCAUCGGCGUGUUGAUCAGGGUAAACAUAUGUCCUACAUUAGUGAAUCUAAUAACGAGUCAAAGCCUUCAUCUGUUUAUACUGUUAAUGAAAACAACUCUAGUUUUUUACAGACGUCUAUACCUAAUACAACUACAAAAGCAAACGAAAGUAUAGAUUCAUUCAAUAUUAGUGCUAUUCCUAAAGAAUGUUUGAUUGUGUCCGAUACAAUUAAACAGAGACUUCGUUCUGCAUUAACACUAGUCGCUGAAAAUUGUAAUAUGUGGAGAGCAGACAAGCAUGUAGAAAGUCCCAAUCAUAAGCGUAAAACAAAUAAUCAUUAUAUCAAAUCACAUAAGUCUCUUUCACUUAAUCGAUUUGAACGUUCACCCUCAAGAUCUCAUUGUUCUUCACCAUUAACUUCAUCAACUAAAAUAAAUAAGCCAUUAGAAAAUGAUAUGCCUAUUGUUCACGUAAAAUUAUCGCCAAUUCCAGAUAGAGCAUCGUUUAAUUGUGUUAAAAAUGUAAAUAGUAGUGAUAAUAAUGAAUGUACACCUACAAAAAGGCGUAAACAAUUGAAUAAUUCUAAUUCAGUAUUCGAAAAAUCACCACCUAGUCAUUCUAUUCCUGUUCUUACUAAAUUAGCAAUGAUUACUUUAUCACCGGGAGCUGCUAAAUUUCUAUAAGCUUUUCUUUCACACAAGAUUUUAACUAUAUAAUUUGUAUUGUCUUGUAUAUAAUAUAUUGUAUAAUUGUAUUAUAAGGUUAGGAUUUAUCAUUGAACAUAUCUCUUUUAUAUCCUGUACAUAAUUUUAUUUACUUUCUCAGAUAAUUUGCUUUCUGCUAAACUGGUUUUAUUACUUCACGAUAACACUGUAUAUGGCAAUCUAUUCUGUAAUUUUCUCAACAUAUUGUUAUCGUGUUAAUAUUUUAUUUUUUUGCUUUCCAUGUAUUGUUUCCAAUAUAUUUUGUUAUACAUGUAUUCGUUACUUGCAAGAAAAAUAAAGGGCUUGUAACAUAGCUUAUUUUUAGCUAA